UCGUUCUGUAUUUGGUCCUAAUAUGUAUCUGCAAUCUAGAUUUCAGGGUUCAACGCUAAAUAUACGAUACAUAAUAUAAUUGCUUACAUAAAUUAUUGAGAAAUACGGACAAAUUGACGAGUGAGAUUUUUUUAAUGACCUAACCCACUAUGACAGACGCCACACAAUAUAACCAUCUGCUGCCUAUGGGUGAAAAUAGCGAUGAAGACUGGAACGCAGACGACGAAGAUCCGUCCAUGUAUCAGCCGACAAUUCCCACUUCCGGUAUGAACGCGCCCGAUGUUGAAAUUCAUGACACUGACGCUUUGUUGAAUAAAAAGAGAAAAGUGCGCAAUGGAACACCUUAUGAAUAUUCCAGGUCCAGAAACAGACGCCGAGAUUCAGAUGGAACGCUGUGUACACCAACACGUGCAGCUGUAUUUUUUGCCUCUAUGCUCUUGUUAUUUGGAGUUGGUUAUUUUGUUGGGUUUAUGACUCCAUUUGGCAAAGGUACAACAAUGACAAGUGUUGUGGAAGUUAAGCCUGAUGUAUCAUUUCGAAAAAGAUCUGAAAAUUGGAGAACGAAAAUGACGGAUUGGGGUACCGAAUCAUGUAUUCGUCUGGUGGACGUGGAUCAGGACGGCGUUCUGGAUAUUGUGGCGGGAAUAGCACUUGGUAAAGACGUCACUACGAUGGUGACGGAAUCAGAUAUGGCAGAAUUCUGCAGGAAUAACGGCAUGAAACUUCCAUGUGCCGGGGCUGUUGUCGCGCUACGUGGCAGGGACGGCAAACUCCUCUGGAAAGCCUCCGCCUACGCCGAGGUGUUCGAACUUCUAUGUCACGGCAUCGAUGUCAAUCAGGACGGGAAAGAUGAUUGUAUAGCAACAGGCAGACUUGGCUCUAUCAGUGCCAUUGAUCCUCUGAAUGGUAAAACAUUAUGGGUUGGUGACGAACGUUAUGUUAAUCGUGGUUGGAAUAUAUACGCACCCGCUGCCGUCCCAGACCUCGAUGAUGAUGGGGUGGCAGACUUAAUUAUCGCCCAUGGCGGCGACCCUACUGUCGCUGCAGAAAUAACUCACAGAAAGUCAAACCAUAUCAUUUUGGUGUCAGGCAGAACUGGAAAAGCUAUCGGCACGUACUUCAAAACUCCUAACGAAAAGGAAUCCUACAUGUCACCGGUUAUACAUAAGCGUAAAGACGGAUCACAAUACGUGUUGAUAGGGACUGGUGGUGAGACAGUCGAUGGUGAGCUAUUGGCCAUGUCACUUCCGGAUUUCUAUCGUCACGUCAGAGGUUUGUCACGUGAUCAUCCCGUUCCGAAUACUCAAGGACAAUAUACUCAGUGGGGAUUCAAAAAACCGAAUGCAGAUGGUUCCAUAAUGUUAUUAAAGAGUGAGAGAAAGGGAGUGAUGGUACCUCCAGUAUUGAUUGACAUGAACAAAGAUGGCGUCAAUGAUAUUUUGGUGAAUUCUUUUAAUGGUAUUAUGAUAUUGUAUGACGGUGAAACACUAGCACCUAUGUGGAAAAUACAGUUCGAGGACAGGGAAUCAUAUAGUACGCCUGCGCCGGGAUAUUUUAACGACGAUGACGUCAUAGAUUUCAUGGUUCAUUGGAGUGUCGGAGCAUGGCCGUUUUAUAACUCAACAGAUACAGUUAUCAUAGAUGGUCGUGACGGCAGUAUUUUGUGGAAUUUAACGACAAACAAAUAUGACGUGUCGUCGGAUCUUGUGGCUAGAACCACUGCAAGAAAUAGAGAUGUAUUUAUAUUUAGGGCACAGGGUAGAGAGGGCCAUGACCUAAGAAACACAGGGGCCAUUCAUGGGGCCACGGGAAUACAAAGAAUUAUAAACAAGAGAGUGACUGAUAAUGGAGACUGGACACUCGAGGACACCGAAAUCACGGCGGAGAAUGAAGAUCAAGAGGGAAUUUUACUUCAGGAUAGUCAUUUUAGAUAUAACCGUGCAGUUAUUGACAAGGAUUAUGUAGAAUGUGAAAGCGAUCAGAGAGUAUUUCUUGCAGAGUUAUUUGCUCUUGAUAGAACAGUGAUGAAAAAACCUAUCAAACUAUGGCAACGAGGAUCAGAAAAAUAUUUUUAUAAAUUAACAGAGAAGGACAAGAUCGCGGUAAAAGAAACAAUAAAGAAAUAUGGCGCUAAUCAUACUAUGACUGAAAAUGAAGUACCGUGGUCUCGUGGCAAACGAGAAAAACAAACCGGAAACACAAAAGAUUCAUUUUGUAUUUUAACACAACCAGAUGAACGCACAACAGGUGCUGUUGGUGACGUCGAUGGUGACGGCAAACUUGACGUUAUAGUAAAUCUGGUAUCUGUUGGCGUCUUACGUGACGAAUAUGCCAGGUACGUCAAAAUGAAGUUUACUGUCGAUAUUUUCAAACUGAGUUUAGAGGAUGCAAUUAAAAAAGAACUCUAUGUCCCAGUUAACGUGACGGUGCACGAGAAAAUGGCAUGGGUUGAUAACGAGAACAAAAUCACAACUUUAAAAUUUCUACCGAUGGAAAAACAACCGUGGGGCGGAUAUAUGGGAACACGCGGAGACAGUAUUUACCAUAUUUGAGAAAUAAUGUACUUGAUUUGAAACUGUGUCCCUUUUUGAUAUUAUGAUAUUCUUAUAAAUCUAAAUCAAAUAAAAUAUAAAACAUUUA